AUGUUUACAUCAAGCGGUCUACAGCCAUCCAAUCAUACAUUGAGGGUUGUGGAUAGGGAUCGGUUAGUGACCCAACGUGUAAGAGUUAUACCUGACGAGAAGCUAAUAUUUAAGACAACAGAAACAGCCAAGCCUCAACAAAAUUUGUUGAACAAUUUUUCUGAUUUAUCAACUGAUUUUGAUAUCAUUCAAAAUUCAAACAGCGGUGAUCUUCUUGACUUGGGUAAUAGUCAAAUGUCAACAUUCUUUCGUGAAUUUUCAGAAAAUCAAAAAACAUUGUGCAAAGAAGAAAAAAAAACAGCUUCUACUAACUAUAAGACUAUAAAUGGGUUAGGAUUUUACUAUUGUGAUUCAUGUCCAUUUCUUUGUUUAAAUGACAAAAUUAUUUUGGAUCAUAAUGAAAAAAAUCAUCAUUUCUAUCAUAGUUCACUUAAAUCUUCACAAAGAAUAAAAUGUAUUGGAUGUGAUAACAUAUUUUAUUCAGUAAAUGUUCUUCGAUGCCAUUUGAUUGAAGACCAUGCUGUCGUGUCUGAUGAAGUUGAUGGAUUAGUUCAACUUGUAAUUGAAGCUCAUAAUGAAGAUGUUUUAUACAAAAAUAAUAAUGAAAUAUCUCAAACUGAAAACAAUAUUUCAGCAAAUUUUAAUGAUACAAUACUGGAUACUUCUGAGUUUGGUCAUAAAUUACAUUUCAUUGACACUCAAAACACAGGUAACAUUUGUAUUUUAUUACUUAAAAUUAAAUUAGUAAAAAUGCUCACUUUAUACUCAUUUACAAGCUUUAAUUAUUUUUAA